CCGAGACGCGCUCGGGCCCCGCUUCCUCCCGGCACACCCCGCCUCCGGGCCGCCGACCGCGGCGACCAUGGUCUCCAAGUCCGACCAGCUGCUCAUCGUCGUGUCCAUCCUGGAAGGUCGCCAUUUCCCCAAACGUCCAAAGCAUAUGCUUGUAGUAGAAGCAAAGUUUGAUGGAGAACAGUUGGCUACUGAUCCUGUGAACCACACUGACCAGCCAGAAUUUGCUACUGAGUUAGCCUGGGAAAUUGACAGGAAAGCACUUCAUCAGCACAGGCUACAGCGUACUCCUAUCAAACUUCAGUGUUUUGCCUUGGAUCCUUCAUCUUCAGCCAAGGAAACCAUAGGUUACAUUGUUCUGGACUUAAGAACUGCUCAAGAAACAAAACAGGCACCAAAAUGGUACCAGUUGCUGAGUAAUAAAUAUACCAAGUUCAAGUCUGAGAUACAGAUAAGCAUUGCUUUGGAAACAGAUACAAAGGCACCAGUGGAUAGUUUUAAAGCAAAAGGAGCACCCCCUCGAGAUGGAAAAGUGGCUGCCAGCCUGUCUGGAGUCGACCCCAAGGACAUUGUGGCAGUGCUGAAUGAAGAGGGCGGCUACCAUCAGAUUGGACCAGCAGAAUAUUGUACUGAUUCCUUCAUUAUGUCCGUGACCAUCGCAUUUGCCACCCAAUUAGAGCAGUUAAUUCCAUGUACCAUGAAACUUCCAGAAAGACAGCCUGAGUUUUUCUUUUACUACUCUUUACUGGGAAAUGAUGUUACAAAUGAACCAUUCAAUGAUUUGAUCAACCCAAACUUUGAGCCAGAGAGAGCAUCUGUUCGCAUACGUAGCAGUGUAGAAAUUCUUCGUGUUUACCUGGCUCUUCAGUCUAAACUACAGAUCCAUCUCUGCUGUGGAGACCAGUCACUUGGGAGUACAGAAAUACCUUUAACUGGAUUACUGAAAAAGGGCAGUACCGAAAUCAACCACCGCCCAGUCACAGUCGAGGGUGCUUUUACCCUUGACCCUCCAAACCGAGCCAAACAAAAGCUUGCCCCUAUUCCUGUUGAGCUGGCCCCAACUGUGGGAGUGUCUGUGGCUCUGCAGAGAGAAGGCAUAGACUCUCAGUCUUUAAUUGAAUUAAAGACCCAGAAUGAACAUGAGCCAGAGCAUUCAAAGAAGAGAGUUUUAACCCCCAUAAAGGAGAAGACACUUACUGGGCCAAAAUCACCAAGCAUAUCCCCUGUUCCACCUCACAACCAGUCACCUCCAAUAAAAGAUGAUGUCACAGGAAGCGAAGUGGAAAGCUUACAAUAUGACAAGGACACCAGACAGAAUCCAAAGGCCAGUUCUUCUGUACCUGCUUCACUGGCUCAGCCAGCAAUUGCAUCCAAUGCUUCAGAAACAGCUUCAGGACAGAAGAUUGCUGUUCCAGCAACAUCACAUCAUUUUUGCUUUUCAAUAGACUUAAGGAGUAUCCAUGCCUUGGAAACUGGUUUUCCAAUCAACUGUAUAUUAAGGUAUUCAUAUCCAUUCUUUGGAAGUGCAGCUCCUAUUAUGACUAAUCCUCCUGUAGAAGUACGGAAAAACAUGGAAGUGUUUCUUCCCCAAUCUUACUGCGCGUUCGAUUUUGCAACUAUGCCUCAUCAGCUGCAAGAUACCUUCUUAAGGAUUCCAUUGCUGGUUGAAUUAUGGCAUAAGGAUAAAAUGAGUAAAGAUUUACUUCUGGGAAUUGCAAGAAUCCAGCUUUCUAACAUCUUGUCUUCAGAAAAAACUCGCUUUUUAGGUUCUAAUGGUGAACAGUGUUGGCGUCAGACUUACAGUGAAAGUGUCCCUGUUAUAGCAGCACAAGGGUCAAAUAACAGGAUAGUAGAUCUUUCUUACACAAUGACUCUAGAAGAUUAUGGACUGGUAAAAAUGCGUGAAAUCUUUGUCUCUGAUUCAUCUCAGGGUCUAUCUGCUGUACAACAGAAGCCAUCUUCUCUUCCUCCAGCACCUUGUCCUUCAGAGAUCCAGACAGAGCCUCGUGAAACUUUAGAAUACAAAGCAGCACUUGAACUAGAAAUGUGGAAGGAAAUGCAAGAAGACAUUUUUGAAAAUCAGCUAAAGCAAAAAGAACUGGCUCAUAUGCAGGCUCUUGCAGAGGAAUGGAAGAAAAGGGACCGAGAGAGAGAAUCACUAGUAAAGAAAAAGGUGGCUGAAUAUACUAUUCUAGAAGGAAAACUUCAAAAAACCCUAAUUGACUUAGAGAAGCGAGAGCAGCAGCUUGCUAGUGCAGAGUCAGAGCUCCAAAGAGAAAAAAAGGAACUGCAAUCAGAACGUGAACGGAACAUGCAAGAACUUCAGGAUUGUAUCCGUAGAGCCAAAGAAGACUGUGUUCACCAAGUAGAACUAGAAAGGUUAAAGAUCAAGCAGCUAGAAGAGGAUAAACACCGACUUCAGCAACAGCUUAUUGAGGCUGAAAAUAAGUAUAAGAUUUUGGAAAAAGAAUUCCAACAGUUCAAGGAUCAGCAAAGUAACAAACCAGAAAUCCGUCUACAGUCCGAAAUAAAUCUUCUCACCUUGGAAAAGGUUGAACUUGAAAGAAAGUUGGAAUCUGCAACUAAGUCUAAAUUGCAUUACAAGCAGCAAUGGGGGCGAGCUUUGAAAGAACUUGCCAGACUUAAACAGAGAGAGCAAGAAAGUCAAAUGGCUCGUCUUAAAAAACAGCAAGAAGAAUUGGAACAGAUGAGACUGCGUUACCUGGCUGCUGAGGAAAAAGAUACAGUAAAAACUGAGCGACAAGAAUUGUUGGAUAUAAGAAAUGAAUUGAACAGGUUAAGGCAACAAGAACAAAAACAGUACCAGGAUUCCAGAGAGACUGCAAGUGGAAAAAUGGAUGGCCCACCUGGUAAUGCAUUGGAAGAAGGGUUGGAUGAUUAUUUGACUCGCCUAAUAGAAGAAAGGGAUAUUUUGAUGAGAACGGGUGUGUAUAAUCACGAGGAUCGAAUAAUAAGUGAACUUGACCGACAGAUCAGAGAGAUUUUGGCAAAAAACAAUGCCAGUAAUUAAUAACAUUUGGAAAAAUCUUUGUUAGAGACUCCCGGUCUAAAUUUUAAUUUCAUUGUAAAACCCUUAAAAGUGAAGAAAAUGGAUGCUUUAAAACGCUAUUUUCAGGUUUUUUAUGCAAAAUUUUAUAUGUUAUUGUAUAGUAUUUAUUUGAUUGUAUUUACUUUAUGCUACCUCUCCCACACUGGUUUUAUUUGUAAUAUGCAUUCUCUAUACUCAUUUUAAAUGACUUUUUGGUGUUUCUCAUAGUUUAUAAUCUGAUGGCUAUCUUUCAAAACAGCUUUUCACUAAGUUUGUUGUAGGAGAAAUAACUGCAGUAAUUUUCAGUUAUUUAAUUUUUCAUGUUGAGCCAAAAGAGUAUAUGUUGCACUUUAAAAAAUGCUGUGUCCUAUUCCAUUUGAAUGUAGAUAUCUUAAAAGUUAAGACCAAUUAUAAAUGUAACCAGUCUGACUCAUUUUAGACAACCUUUUUUCCUUAACUUGUAAUAUUUACAAGUGACAACCUUGAAAAUAAAGCAGGAUCAAUACAGAGAAGCCACAUGACAUAUUGAGUGACAAAUUAAUCAUUUAUUUAAAUAAAGUUAAUACAGAUUAAACUUGUUUCAAGAGCUAUUGAAUUUUCAGUGUACUCUAAACUUUUAAGAACAUGAAGUAGCUUAAUACGGUCUUUCUUCUCUGUCAGCCUCCUGCUCGAGUUUGCAUUCUUUUCUUUUGUUAACAUUAGAGAUUUCCUUUUAUUUUCCAGUGAUAAUAAUGGUAGUUGUUAAAUCAAGCCCUCUGUAGUAGAACAUGGAAAAAGACACAUAAAGACUUUAGCUGAAAAAAUAGAGUGAAAAUGAACUCUUUUUUACUCCCCCUAAUUUUAAUCAGUUUUUUUCAAAAGUAUAUGAAAUUAAGUCGUUGAAUUUAUGUAGAGUCACACUCUCCACCUCCUGUUACAGAGUACUGAAAAGGCUGUAGCAAAUUCACAGAUUAGGUUGGGUCUUAAAAUAUAGUUUAAAAAUUCUGAUUUCCAAAUGUAAUAAAUUUAAAGUAUAUACUGUAGGAAGUUACCAAUAACUUCCAUAAAAGCAGAAUAAGAUAUUUGGUAACAUUAAUUUUCUGUCAUUUUCAACAAGAUAUAUUUCUUAUGAAGGAAAUUAAAGUCCUUAUUAUAUUUUUUCUUAUUAACAAAGUAUUAAUCUUAUAAAAAUAGCACAGCGUAAAUAAGAGAAAGAAAUUACUGAAUGAGAGGAUAAUGAAUCUGUGAAUCAUAGUAGGAAUUUACAACAUUAAUUAUGGUUAGAUAUAUUCUCUCAGUGAUUUUGUGCCACAUGAAUGGGAUAGAAGUAUCUUUUUGUUUUGGAAAGUCUUGGGUGAGGUUCUGUGCCUGUUCACCUGCAGUUGCCGUGUGUGCUGCCUGCGUCUGUUUCCAGACGCUAGAGGGGGCCUUAGAUUUAAAGAAACAAAAAGGACUUUUCUACAAUGGAUGUGUGGUUUAUUUUGCCUUCUGUAAAGCUCUUUUGGCGAUUGUAAUUUAACAAAUAAAAUCACAAUUGUAUGCA